ACACUCAGCACCGUCACAUGAUCUCUGCACUUUUAAAGCGGUGAUGAUUUUGUAGCUCUGCUCGGCUGUGUUUCUUUUCUCCCAAAUGGAGGGUCUGUGGAUAUUUCUGGGUUUUAUUCUGACUGCUGUGUGUGUGCACGACACUACUGCGCUACCUACGAAAUGGAAUCAAAGCAGAGGAAGACCGAGAUCAGGGACUGACCCUCAGUUUAAGGAGAUGUUCUUCACCCAGAUUUUGGACCACUUCAAUUACAACAGCCUGGGCAAUGGAACAUUCUCCCAGCGUUACCUGAUCACAGAUCAGUAUUGGAGGAGAGGCCUUGGCCCUGUCUUCUUCUACACGGGGAACGAAGGGGACGUGUGGGACUUUGCCCUGAACUCUGGGUUCAUGGUGGAGCUUGCAGCUAAGCAGGAGGCGCUGGUCAUUUUUGCAGAGCAUAGAUAUUAUGGGAAAUCUCUACCCUUUGGCCAGGAGUCCUUCAACAUUGAAAACGUCGGGCUCCUGACAGUGGAGCAAGCUUUGGCCGAUUACGCAAUAAUGAUCAGCGAGCUAAAGGAGGAACUAGGAGCUCAGAAAUGCCCAGUCAUCGUGUUUGGUGGGAGUUAUGGUGGCAUGUUAAGUGUGUAUAUGAGAAUACGAUACCCCAAUAUUGUGACUGGGGCUUUAGCUGCCAGUGCUCCGAUCUUAUCCACAGCAGGACUGGGGGACUCCGGGCAAUUCUUCCGAGACGUUACUGCUGAUUUUGAGAAUUAUAAGCCAACAUGCAAGGAUGCAGUGAAAGCAGCUUUCCAGAAGCUUCAGACUUUGGCACAAAAACAAGACUAUGCCCGUAUUCAGUCAGCUUUCUCACUGUGCAAGGCUCCGUCCUCGGAUAAGGACAUCCACCAGCUGAACGGUUUCCUGCGCAAUGCUUUUACUUUAAUGGCUAUGAUGGAUUACCCAUACGACACCAGCUUCAUGUCAAAAAUGCCUGCUUUCCCUGUUAAGGUGGCAUGUGAGGUGAUGCUGAACGGAACUGAAGUGCUGUCUGCCCUUAGAGACACCGUGGGUAUUGUGUACAACUCCACAGGAGAGCAGAUAUGCUUUGACCUUUACUCGUUGUAUGUGGAGUGCGCAGAUCCGACAGGCUGCGGCCUCGGCUUUAACAGCUACGCAUGGGACUAUCAGGCGUGCACGGAGGUCGAGAUGUGCUUUGAGAGCAACAACGUGACGGACAUGUUUCCUCCCAUGCCCUUUACACAGAGCAUGAGAAUGGAGUACUGUGCCAAGCGCUGGGCAGUGGUGCCACGGCCUGGCUGGUUAAAAACUCAGUACUGGGGCAAUGCUCUUUCAACAGCCAGCAAUAUCAUCUUCUCUAACGGUGAUCUGGACCCGUGGGCCAACGGAGGGAUCAGAAAGUCACUUAGUAAAUCUUUGAUUGCAAUAAACAUAGCAGAUGGAGCACAUCAUCUAGAUUUAAGGGCUUCUAACAAAUAUGAUCCUGCAUCAGUAGUAAAGGCACGGCAGCAGGAGGCCACCAUCAUCGCUCAGUGGGUGAAAGCUGCGAGAGAAAAGACGCUCUGAAAAUCCUUUCAAAGAACCACUGCUCAGUCGUGGCCUUGGGAACUUCUGAGCUGCAUGCAGUUUGCACAGAGCAGGUUGAAUGAUGCAGGAGAAAUGAGGACUUGUAUCACCUCCUUUUAAAGUUGGAUGCAUUGACUUUUUUUAAUGAAUAAAAAUUUUAAUAAAUAAAAUAAAUGUCAAA